CAAUACCGGCAGGGCAAUAUUCCGCGUUCUAUCUUUUCUCAAUCCUAUGGUCGAUGUGAUGCUCAGGGAUGGUGGGAGUGGGAGUACUAGCAGGAAGCUGGGCGGGUAUGAGUUCUAUAGAGAGGUGCUGGGAUCACCGAAAUUUGUCGUGGCCCCGAUGGUCGAUCAGAGUGAACUGGCUUGGCGCAUACUUUCCCGGAAAUAUGGCGCUCAACUAGUCUACACUCCGAUGAUCAGCGCAAAAACGUUUGCCGUUCCCCACGCAGGCGACAAGUUCCGCAAAAAGGUAUUCGACAUGAUACACGGCGAAGAAGGGGGUGCAGAAGACCGACCCUUGAUCGUUCAGUUUUGUGCCAACGAUCCUGAGGCCCUUCUCGCUGCUGCGCAGAUCGUAGAGCCGUUCUGUGAUGCGGUGGAUAUCAACUUGGGCUGUCCGCAGGAUAUUGCGAGGAAGGGGCGGUACGGAUCAUUCUUGCAGGAUGACUGGGAUCUUGUGUACUCUCUAAUCAACAUUCUGCACGAAAACCUCAGAAUCCCGGUCACAGCCAAAUUCCGUGUCUUGCCCAGCGUGGAGCGCACUGUCGCAUACGCUCAGAUGAUGGAGCGAGCUGGCGCGCAAAUACUUACGUGCCACGGCCGCACACGCGAUCAACGAGGGCACAAUUCCGGUCUCGCAGACUGGGCCCAGAUCGCCGCUGUCAAGCGCGCCGUCUCCGUCCCCGUGUUCGCUAAUGGCAAUGUGUUGUAUUGGGAGGACGUCGAGCGUUGUCUGGAGGCGACAGGCGCGGACGGAGUCAUGAGUGCUGAAGGGAACUUGUACAACCCAGCCCUGUUUGCGCGUACGAACCCCGCGCACUGGACACUUGCGCUUGAAUACCUGGAGAUUGUGAAACAGCUAAAGACACGCACGCCGCCGAGCGCGAUCAAGGGACAUGUGUUUAAGCUCCUGAGACCGGCUUUGGAGGGGAAUAAGGAUUUGAGGAAUAAGAUAGGGGCGAUAUCGGGCAGGGGAGAGUUGGAGGACGUCGUGAAAGAGUACGAGGACGUAGUGCGAGAAUUUGGGGAACGGAUGGAGAGAGACGCAGGCGCGGCAGGUGAUGCUGAGGAAGGGAAAAUAGGACCACUCCUGGAUGGGAAACGGCAUAUCCCGCACUGGCUGGCGCAGCCUUACUUUCGCCCUGGUCCGCCACCAGCGCAACAAAAGCCAGCAGCAGUCAAGGCUCCCCCAGCGAGUGCAUUGCCGCCUUUAUCAACGGGCGGGGAGCAGAGUGCGUUGCCAGCGCCUCUUGCCGAGGUGGAGAUGGGGCCGGACAAGCCAGAGAGGGAGGAAUUGAAAAGGAAGAACAGCAGCUUGGAGGAGCGGGAAGCUAAGCGCGUGCGGGAGGUGUCGCCUGUGUAGAGUGUAGACGUGUAUCUUAGACUGUCACUGCAGU